AUGGCGAUUCGAGUAGCUUUUUCACGUGGAGUUGUUGCUUAUUUUCGCCUCCUCGCUGUCAUCGCUAUAUUGCUGUUGUGGGGCGUGUCGCUCGCGAACGGCACAGUCAAGGCGCUUCUCCUCGCAGUUUUUCACGGAGAGAUCAACAAAGGCGUCCCAUUGAGGAGAUCUUAUCUUGGGUUUCUGCCAUUGGAUCUUGUCAUCGCCCUUCUUGUCGCUUUCUUCUUCUAUGGCACCAACAGCCACGACGAAGGCUACCAAUUGUUUCUAGUCGAUGCUUAUUCCACCCUGCAGUCUGCAUUCGUAUGGCUCUACAUGGAAGCCAAACGCCCGGGUGACAAGCCAUACUUGGUGUCGAGGCCCAUCAUCUUUGGUAUAUUGUGGCAAUGCUUCGGAGCUGCUAUAGCGCUCCCUCUCUACUUUGCAGCUCAUCUUCCAUGGGCCAUGAACGGUCGCGCGGCCCGAGUUCGCGAUGUGGCACAAGCCGCGGCCGUCCCUUGGAGUUUCUCCAUUGGCGCCAUCCUUCCCGCCGUGGUCGGCAUGGGGACAACUUGGCUCGGCGCAGACAGUCGAACAGACGCAACGCACCAGCUGAUUUUGGGUCUCUGGCAGCCCGACCCGGUGUGGGUGUCCGGUGUUCAGGCUGUUGUCUCGAUGAUCAUCUCGGCGGUUCGGCCCGGGCGGGGCCGCGGGCAGAAAUCUAAGUCCAGUUCCGGCCCCAGUCGCCGAGACCAGGCUGUCGACGCUUACCUCUGGGUACGUUUUUCGUAUCUCCUGGCGGCUGUUAUGUCCGGCGCCGGACACCUGUACGUGAUGGGACGUAUCUUUACAAGCAACGAGAAAAACACCGUCGCUUUCAUCCGUAUGUAUGUUCCGUUCUUGUUCAGCGGGCCAUCGGGUGUCGGCGAAAACGUUCUCGUGUACGGGCCGUGGUUGUUUCUCCAGUAUGAUUUGAUCAUCAUAUCGUUGUCAAGCUUGUCCUGGGUGUAUUACCUCCUUACGAGCCGAGGCGAUAGGGUCCCACCUGUGUCAGCAUGCAGAUGUUUUCUCCUGCUUUCCUUUGGGGCCUUGACCAUCGGGCCGGGAGCAACGGUGUCAAUCGCAUUGUGGUAUCGUGAGAGCACUUUGGCUGAGUACGUCAGUGCUUAG